AGCUGCUUUAUUACAGACGAUUCCUGAGAUCUUUCCGACCUCUGAAAAUGGAGAAUGCUCUGAACUUGAGACCCUCCUCUCUACUUACCUCCACACUCCAACCACCAUUAUGCUCGCGCCACCCCGCCAAAUUCACAUUUUCGAAGUUCAAACGCUCGAGCUCGGCGGAGCAGCAGUGCCGAAAUAAAGCUUUAUCGGUGCGGAACGCUUUCGGUUCGGAUGAAAAUGGGCAAUUCAAUGGAUUCCCUAAUAUACCCAACAGGAUUUUUAUGGAAGAGGUAAUUGGAGCUGAAUAUGGUGAGGGUUUUGAGACAUUUAGGCCCGAAGGUCCCCUUAAAGUUGAUGUGGACUUUUUAAAUGAUAGAAUGCAAGAAGGAUUUCUUCAAAGGAUUCGAUACUCCAUGAAGCCUGAUGAAGCCUAUGGCCUAAUCUUCUCAUGGGAUAAUGUUGUGGCAGAUACUAGAGCAUUAAAGUUGCAAGCUUGGGAACAGCUUGCAUCUGAAGAAGGAAAGGAGAUCCCUGACGAUGAAAACGUACAAAGGCUUAUGCUGGCUGCAGGUGCCGAUCAUGUUCUGCACAAGGUGUUGUUGUGGGGGAAGGCCGAAGAUGACAUAGAUAGAUUGAAUGCAAGGCUCUCUCAAUUAUAUUACGAUAAUCUCCUCAAACUCUCGGAACCUAUAGAGGGGCUAAAAGAGUGGUUAGAUGCUGUCGCUACGUCUCGCAUCCCUUGUGCAGUUGUUUCUAGUCUCGACAGGAAAAAUAUGGUUAAUGCCCUUGAGAGAAUGGGGCUGGAAAAGUCUUUUCAGGCAAUCGUGUCCGAGGAAGAUGGAAUGGAAUCCAUAGCCCAUAGAUUCCUCUCAUCAUCUGUUAAGCUGGACCGAAAACCCUCCAAAUGUGUGGUGUUCGAAGACGAUCCCAGAGGAAUAACUGCAGCUCACAAUUGUACAAUGAUGGCUGUUGCCAUGAUCGGCGCACAUCCAGCGUAUGAUCUUGGACAGGCAGAUCUAACAGUGGCGAGCUUCAACGAGCUUUCGGUGAUCAAUCUUCGAAGAUUGUUUGCCCACAAGGGGUCAUCUUUCAUGGAGCUGCAGAAACAAGUAGUUGAAAAAAGUCCUCCAAAGAGAAAGCUGACCAUUGACACCAUCUUCUGAAGAGCUUCUUUGCUCUGCACUUGUAUAUUUCUUGUAAGUACCCUUCGUCUACACUUUUACUUACAUCUAUAUCUCUAAUUUUUAUUAUUAUUUUUUGGGAUAAAAUAAAUAAAUGGAUUAUGCAAAUUUUAUUUUAGUAAAGUGGAAAGGAAAUAUGAUGUUUCCUUUUA